AUGUCAUUAGGGGCCCUUGCGGAAGUGCACAUAAACGUAACAAAUUCUGUAAAUCUUGGACAAGACGAUCUAACCGUUGCAUGUUUGUACAUCACCAAUGACCCUACAGUAACUGAUGUUAACUCAAUCCAGUUGUAUCGUAACACUUCCGGGCUGCUUGGCUCAGAAGAAUCAAAGACAGUCUCUAUAGUUUAUGAUCGUGGUUCCAAUGCAGGCUUAAUAUCCUGGCAAGAUUCUGGAGUAGAAAUCAGGGCCAACAUUUCAGGCAACGUCGACUCGCUGUUAUCAUCAAUUCUUCUUUUACAUAUUUCCGCCAAUAAAGUGUUGUGCGAAGACGGCGCCGCCUAUCGGUGUGAGUUUUCAGUGACAAGAUCAGGAUCGCCUCUUGUUGAAUAUAAUGAUGCAACCAUCGUUACCAGAGUAGAAACAGAACAAACAACAAUUAAUCCUGUUAGUAGUCCGGAGACAGGGACCUGGUUCACGGCCUCUGAACCCCAGAACGAGACAUGGUUCACAACCGCUGAACCAGUUACAGAAAACAUAACUUUGUUCACAACCAGUGAAGGUGUUACAGAGAACGAAGUUCCGCUCACAUCCAUUGACACUGAUACCGAGAGCGAAACUUGGGUCACAGCAACUCGACCCGAUACAGAGAACGGGACCUGGGUCACAGCUACCCAACCCGACACAGAGAACGGGACCUGGUUCACAACUAACCAAGUCGAUACAGAAUACGGGACGUGGACUACAAGAACAGAGUCUAAUGCAGAGAAUCAUACCUUGUUCACAACCACUGAACUCGGUCAAGAAAAUGAGUCAUCGACAUUACCCAUUGUCACACAACCGGGUCCCACAGAUGGCAGAACUAAUGACAAUGAAAUGGUAUCCGAACUUACAGAACCAACCUUUCCUGUUAAUGGAGAUAUCACAAGUCAUGUAAUGGUUACAGAGACUACACCCGCAAGCACAGAAGAUUUGUCGACAGAUAUCAUGAAUAACAUUUCUUCUACAUCCAUAUCAGUUGUAACCGAGAACACACCACAGACAACAUCGGAAAAAGAAUUCACAAAUUCUUCUGUAACUCCCAUUACAACAAAUUCUCUUUCUACGCUUACAGACUUCAGUUCCACAGGGGAAACAUCACAAGACACAACACCUGUAUUCAGUACCAUAGCUACAGAAACAAAUUCUACUGAUUCCAAUGGUGAUAACAUGACUACGCCUCUACACCAGGGCAGUACACUGUCCAGUAAUACUGAUACAACCAGCAGUAUCAUCAUAACGAGUUCCUCCCAGGAAGGUAACCUCCAAGAAAAUGUCAAAUAUCGCUGUAAAUAG